GAUUAACAUAUUUUCUUAUUUACGAAUACAGAUCGAAAUGCAAAACGUCACAAGAUUGUGCCAAUCGAAGAGCAUAGUGACAGUGAACGGCCAAUUUCCAGGGCCGACGAUCACUGCAAGGGAAGGAGACAGAGUCGUGGUCAAAGUAGUCAACCAUGUUCAGUACAACGUCUCGAUUCAUUGGCAAUUAAGAAGUGGCUGGGCCGACGGGCCAGCGUAUAUUACCCAAUGCCCGAUUCAGACAGGACAAAGCUAUGUCUACAAUUUCACCGUUACCGCACAACGAGGCACACUAUUUUGGCAUGCACACAUUUCGUGGCUUAGGGUUACACUCUACGGACCUAUAAUCGUCCUUCCGAAGAAAGGAGUACCCUAUCCAUUCCCACAGCCCUACAAAGAAAUCCCGAUAAUUUUCGGUGAAUGGUGGAAGGCGGAUACGGAGACAGUUAUUAAUCAAGCACUUCAAACGGGGGGAGCACCGAAUAUUUCGGAUGCUUUCACAAUUAACGGCCUCACGGGACCCUUUUACAACAAUUGUUCAGCUAAAGAUACAUUCAAACUGAAAGUGAAGCCAGAGAAAAUUUACAUGCUGAGAUUGAUCAAUGCUGCACUAAACGACGAGCUUUUCUUCAGCAUUGCGAACCAUACUAUGACUGUUGUCGAUGCUGAUGCUGUGUACGUAAAACCGUUUAAAACGAACAUAGUUCUGAUAACCCCCGGACAGACAACAAAUGUACUUCUCAAGACGAAAAAACAUCGUCCAAACACGGCCUUCCUAAUGGAAGCAAGGCCCUACGCGACGGGCCCCGCUUCGUUCGACAAUUCCACCACCGCCGGAAUCUUGGAAUACCAUCUCUCCUCGAACAACGCAACCAACAAUAAUACAAAGAUUGCCCUUUUAAAACCGUCGCUCCCCAAAUUUAACGACACCGUUUUCGCGACGAAAUUCAGCAAGAAGCUCAGAAGCUUGGCUAGUUCAAAGUUCCCCGCUUUAGUGCCACAGAAAGUGGACAGGAGAUUUUUCUUUACGGUCGGGCUCGGGCUGAACCCGUGUUCAAGCCCGAAUAAGACCUGCCAAGGCCCGAAUAACACGAUGCUUACAGCAUCAAUCAACAAUGUGUCUUUCGUGAUGCCAAACACGGCUCUGCUUCAGGCCCACUACUCGAACCAAUCGAAGGGAGUGUACACCGCCGAUUUUCCGGCCAACCCGCCGUUCAAAUUCAACUACACGGGCAACCCGCCGAGCAAUCCCGCGGCGGCGGCGGGCACGAGAGUGGCGGUGCUGCCGUUCAAUGCUAGCGUGGAGGUGGUGCUGCAGGACACUAGCAUCGUCGGAGCGGAGAGCCACCCGCUCCACCUCCAUGGAUACAACUUCUUCGUAUUGGGUCAAGGGUUUGAGAAUUUCGACCCGAAUAAGGAUCCGGCGAAGUUCAACCUGGUUGACCCGGUUGAGAGGAACACAGUUGGCGUACCCUCCGGUGGCUGGGUGGCAAUUCGUUUCCUAGCAGAUAAUCCAGGUGUAUGGUUCAUGCAUUGUCAUUUGGAAGUGCAUACAAGUUGGGGUUUGAAGAUGGCUUGGGUUGUGAUGGACGGGAUACGCCGGAAUCAAAAGCUACCGCCGCCGCCGAAAGAUCUUCCCAAAUGUUAAAAUCGGAUUUUCUUGAUUUUCUUUUUUUAUUUUUUACUCCUUUUAGUUUACUUUAGUACUACUCAUUCUUGCUGAUUUUAUUUUUAUUCUCUUUUUGCUAUAUUUGAGAAAAUGUAAUGUAACGAAAGUUAUAUUUGAUUU